AGUAAUGUGCCAAUUCCUGUGGCAUAAAAAAAUAGCUGUCAAAUGUGAGAUUGUUCACGUAAACCGAUUUUCGUCAGUUAGCCCGCAUGUAAUAUAUCCACGUGUCACAUUUUCUUGUCCAAAAUUAGAUCUUACGGAGCAAUGUGGAAGGUUAUCGUGACUGUAUCCGGUCGCCUGAACAAGACAAUGGGUUGUGACGCACGCGCCAUCUGAACACUGAGCCGCUUCCGUGGACUACAGAUUAUACAUGAAUGAAUUAAAGUCGAGAAAUAUGAAUCAGAUAUUAAAAAAAAAAAUAUUGCAAAUUUGCUUUUCAACAAAAAUAUGAGAGGUACAAUUACAGAUUUGUCUUUCGAUAAAAGCCAUUAUUUUAAGUUUUCAAAUACAGGUUGACACUUGAAUGUUUGCUUUACAAAAUUGCAAUGGUUCAGUAUUAUAACUAAUUUUAAUCAGUGAUAAAGGUAGUUCUCGGGAUUAUAGUAUUUUUAUAAUUGCUACAUUACGGAUGGCGCCACUUGUAACAAUAGUCACUUGAAUAAUACAAUGGAUUGUCGUCUUUUGUUUGAUAGGGUUAAAGUUUAUUGUUGCACAACCUUCAACGUAUUUUAAAACCCGGAUUCGAAUAUAUUUCAAACUAGGAAGGAGGACUUUUGAACAACAUGAUUCAAUAUCGCGAAAUGGUCAGAAAAAUCCAUUCUAAUAAAUAUAUUACCUAGUUACUAUUUUAAAUGACAUAUAUGACAAUUUUUGGGUUUAUAAAGAGCCAGACGGAGGGCUUACAAUAAAGUGAAUGCUCUGAUAGUUGUGGUAGUAUUAAGUAGAGGUCCAUGUUAUUCGUUGGCGAGUUCCGAAGUCUUAGAUGCUGCGGAGUUUUUAUAGGGAAGUUGUAAGACCAGUAAUAAAAUGAACAAUGUACGGUGCGCGUGCAUUGCGUUAUCAGCUGACGACAUAAAUAUCUUCAGGGGAAUGCGAAAUAUUUUUAUGAAAACAUACAAAACAUGAUGAUGAUGAAAAAAACAGCCUUGUAAAGAGCGUCUUACAACUUAAGAUUGUUGAAAUUGUGAAAAUAAAAGUAGAUGUCAUUGAUUAUUUAAUAUUUUUGUUCCGGAUUCCGUCCGGAAAUGUUUAUCCGGCAUUAAAUAAUCUUGAUAAUAAAAACCGUUAAACUAAUUCAAACAAACUCCAAGGCGCUCUUUAUCAGACAUUAAUGUUUUCCACGUACAUCCACUAUCUGAAUGAGUAACGACUCGCGGCGGUCGUCUGUCGACAGCCGACAUAUAAAUAUCUGGCUCCAUUCAAGGAACGCCACAAACCUCCAGGCGUCUGUGGCUCGGUGUCGACAAGUCCAGUCUUUGCCUGAGUGUCUUCAUGAUGGCUGUUUUACUAUUAAUGUUAUAUAUGUGUGUUGCCGGUUCCAUCACCGCUCUGCCCGUCGACGAUGAUGUCGUGAUGGUCGGUGAUGACUCCAAUGCUAUUGAAGAUUCGGAUGUCAUUGAUCUGUCGGGUUUGGGUCCAGAAGCGUUCACCUUCCCCAAAAACGAAAGUGGGGACGCAUUAGCGACGUGGACGGAGUCAUCGCUGAUGAAUCCCGAGGAGAUGAGCUUCUAUGGCGAAGGUGACAUCCUGAUACCAACAUACGGGAGAAACGCUGUCCGCGACCAGACCUCCCGAUGGCCGAACGGUCACAUCCCUUACCUUAUAGACGGCAGCUUCAAUCAAAACCAGCGUGACAAUAUCAUGAAGGCCAUAGCUGACUACCAUCGCCUGACCUGCCUCCGUUUCAUCCCUUACAACGGCCAGCGAGAUUACAUCGUGUUCAAGAGUGCCAACACCGGCUGCUGGUCCAGUGUAGGUCGAUUAGGUGGUCGCCAAGAGGUGAACCUCCAAACACCAGGCUGUGUGUCCAAAAAGGGAACCGUCCUCCACGAAAUAUUACACGCGGUAGGAUUUAUUCACGAGCAAAGUCGACCGGAGAGAGACGACUUCGUCAAAAUCAAUUACAAUAACAUCAGAAGCGGUUCUGAAGGAAAUUUUAAGAAGUCUGAUUCGAAACGCGUCGCCGACCUCGGCAUCCCCUACGACUACAACAGCGUAAUGCAUUACUCGGAAUAUGCAUUCUCAAAAAAUUCAAAGAAAACCAUCGAACCGAAGACGGGAGGGAUGAAGGUUGGACAAAGGGAAGGCUUAAGUCGUGGAGAUGUGAAGAAAGUCAAUGCGAUGUACAACUGUAAAAAAGAGGAGCCUCAGACGGGCUGGGUCGGCUCGGUCUGGCAGUCAAUAUUUGGAUGACAUCCUGGUUGAGAGAAGUGCGGUUAUUUUGUUCAAGUGUCAUCUUAAAUAUUUAAUUUAUAUAUACUUGUGUGAGCUCUAAGCUAUUCUUCCGACGCUAUGGUGUUUUCAUGACAUAAAUAAUAAUUUGUAAUAA